GGAGGAUCUAGGACGGCUGCCAGCUGCUGACAGAAAGACACACUGCAACACACACACACACACACACACCACAGAGAGAGGAGUGGAGAGAGAGAGAGAGAGAGACACGCAGGACCAGUAAAAGUUGCCUCAUUCGAACCAACAGUCGACAUGGCUAAGUACUCAGACUUGGAAGGUGCCAUCAACACGCUUGUCAGCAACUUCCACUCGGCGUCGUCCGACAACAGUGGUACGCUAAAAGUGGACGAAUUCAAAGGUCUUUUGUCCUCUCAGCUGCCUACCCUGGGCAAGGCCUUCAUGUCAGAACAAGGACUGAGCGAGAUCUUGCGGAAGAUGGGAGUGGGCGACGGCGAGGGCAUCUCCUUCUCUCACUUCUGGAACCUCAUCCAGAAUCUAGCCACCACGCAGCACGGCCUCCUCGGCGGCAACAAGGGCUCCUCCUGUAGCUGCAUCCUCCUGUGAAGGCCCCCUCCUCGGCACAAAACAACAUCAUCCCCGGUCGGUCGGAAAAACAAUAGAUGUCAACGUCUAGUCCGCCCACGUGCAAGGCAUUCCUCCAUUUUUAUACACUAUCAUUUCUGUCUCUCUGGCAGGUUUUAACAUUUCCAUCACACAAAAUAAACGUUCCAAUGCAGUCUCUCUGACCAAACCAAUCCAUUUUUAGUGUUUUUUUUUAUUUGUAAUCUUUCACUAGCAGAGCCUCCCUCACUUUGCUGGUGCUCCCAACAAAAGGUAUAAAGUAUAUACAGGCAAUAAAUAUAUCAGGUCAUUCCACUAUGCAUCUAUGGUGUAUUUCAAAUGCAAUGGGUACAAAAGGCCACGGGGCUCUAAUCAUUAACUCAUCUACCUUUCCCUCCCAAAUGUAUCUUCACUUUGCUUGUCAUGUAUAGUCAGGGUGUUGUGUCUACUUUUUUUUAUUUUAUAAAUGCAUUUUAUUAGCAGUUGGAGGACAUUAAACCAGCUUAGAAAUAAUUCUGGAGUAAAUGGACCUCAGGGUAAAUUACAAGUGGCAGUUUUCAACCACUUCUCAUCUCGUUCAAACGCCUGUGAAACAUCUCAAAUGUGUCCCUUUAGUCACUCUGCAGUCGCUUUGUAUUUAUAUUUUGUAAUUCCCUGUAACCUGACACUAUUGGAAAACCAUGUAUGAAGCAUAUAAAGAAAAUAGCAAUACCUAAA